GCAAACUCUUCACUCACUUUCUUCUUCUUCACGAGACAAAGCAGAGCUUUAGAGCCAUUGUGAGAGGACCCAAAUGGCUCCGAGAACCGAUUCACAAACCUCCGCCACCAUGUCAGACACCUCCGGCGAAUCAUCAAUCGAUCCGAUCUUCCACAUUCUCCGUCUCAUCCCAUUCUCCUUCCUCCGUCCGCCGCGUCUCCGUCUCAAGCUCCCUUCCUUCACUCUCCCCUCUCCGAUGACAGUCUUCGCGCUGAUUCUCCUCACCUACUUCCUCGUCAUCUCCGGAUUCGUCUACGACGUGAUUGUGGAGCCUCCAGGUAUCGGGUCGACCCAGGAUCCAGUCACCGGGACGAUACGGCCCGUCGUGUUCAUGUCGGGUCGGGUCAACGGGCAGUACAUCAUCGAAGGUCUUUCGUCGGGAUUCAUGUUCGUGAUGGGUGGGGUCGGGAUCAUAAUGUUGGAUCUGGCGUUGGAUAAGAAUCGAGCUAAGAGUGUUAAAGCAUCGUAUGCUACGGCGGGAGUGACUUCCAUUGUGAUUGGUUAUGUUAUGAGUAUGCUUUUUAUCCGUAUUAAGAUCCCUGGGUAUCUCCAUUAGAGUUGUUUUAGAUCACUUGGAUCUGUAAUGGGCUCUCUAGUUUACGAAUUACAGUCGAUCGUUGAGAAAAGAAAGUGACUUUUUUGUGUUUCUUAAAGCUUUGUUUGGUAAUGGUAGUUUCAGCUUUGAAUGUUAGAAUCUGCGUUUGAUAUAUCAAUCUUGUCGUUUAAACUUGCGAUAGAAACGAUCUGCAACAGUUAUGUUAACAACAUAGUAGAGAUUUUGAAGUUGGGUUUUGUUGAA